UUUAAAUUAAAAUGAAUAAAAGCAUUUUUUAAGGUAAUUAAAGAGCUCAACAAGCUAUGAUGCAUUCUUAAAUAAAUAGGAACAUUAUGAAAAAUAAUUUGAAUGCAGAUCCAAAUAUAAAACCAGAAGAAAUUGUUGUUGAAUCAGAUAAUAUGCAAUAGACUAUUUAUAUUAACCCUAAUCAAAAUUAUCAACAAGUGAUUCCACAAGUUAUAAAGCCAAGUAUUUUUUAAGGAAAUAGAUAACAACUUAGGUAGUUAGAAGGAAUAUUAUUGAAGAAAAGUCCGCAUUGUCUGAUGGGAUUCUCAAAAAAAUUUUGUAUUUUAAAUAAUCGAAAGCUUUCUUAUUACAAUUGGGAAAAAAAACAUAUUUUAGAAGGUUCAUUAAAUUUUGAUCUUUAAGAGUAUCUAUAUUCAGUUACAACAAAUGCUGAUAAUUAAAUAAUAGAAUUUAAGUAAAUAUGUAGAUUGUAAUUUUUAGAUUAAUUCCAAAAGGAUGUGAGAAACAAUUUAUAUUUAAAAGUGAAGAAGUUUAGAAAACAUAAGAAUGGGCAUAAGUAAUAUAACAACAUUUAGAUUAAUCAGAUGGGAAAAAAAAACAAAUAGUAUUUUUGAGUAAGACUCCAAAAUUUUGGAAGCAUUAUUAGUUUUCUCAUCUUUAAGUAUAAGAAGAAUGUGAUAAUGGAGAUAUAGUUUUAUUUAAAUCAAAGGAUAAAUUUGCAGCUGCUUCAAGGAUAGUUCUAAGGUCUGAAUUUGAUCAUGUCGCAAUUUUAUGUAAAUAAGAUGGUUAACUUUAUGUAUAUGAAGCAGUUUCAACAGGAGUUGGACUAUUUAGAUGGGGUAUUUAAAUGAUAUUUUAUAAAUUAGAUUAUUUAAAACAAUAAGAUUGGUAUAAAUUUUAUGAGAAAAUUUGUAUUAGAAAAUUAAACUUUGAUAAAAAAAAUGAUAUAAAAGUUUAAGAUAAUUUUAUGGAAUUUAUUGAAGAAAAUAUGGGUAAUGAUUAUAGCUUGAAUAUUGGUAAAUUUUUUAAAUUCACAUCUACAAUAAAAAAACCAACGAAUGGAGAGAAAGUAGAAAAAAAAAGAUCUUUUUUUUGCUCUGAAUUAGUCGCAAAAGCAUAUAAAGAAAUGGGUCUACUUGAUUAAGUAAAAUCUUCAACAUAAUAUUACCCAAAUGAUUUUACUACAGAUAAACAGUUAAAAUUAUUAUAAGGAGCAUCUUUAAGUCCAGAAUAUCUAGUUUUUUUUGAAGGAUGA